GGCUUGUCAGCCACCGUAGCUCACAGACGGAAGUGCCUGUAAUGGAGGAUACAAAUGUUGUUUUUGCAACGGAUUUGAUGAUGAAUCGGAUUAUUUAUCUUUAACCAAAAGUAAAAAUGGCUGCCGUCUUUCUAGUUAUGUUAUAUGAAUAUUCUCCUUUAUUUUAUAUAAGUGUCAUAUCGUUAUGUUUCGUUAUUACCGCCGCAAUGGUCCUCGGCUGGUUUGGUUUUGACGUCCCGGUGAUUCUCCGCAGCUCUGAUGAGUCCGAAUCAGUUUUGCCUGUCCCAGAGAAGAGGAUGGUUCAGGUGACCAAUCCCUUUGCCCUAGAAAUUGGGUCUUCAGGGGCGGCAUCUGUGAAAGAGGGUAUAUCCCUGCAUCCAUGUUGCCUAGAGCCUUGUGUGCUCAGCUGUUACUGGGGAUGUGGUGUCCAUGCCCUUCAGGGGGCGCUACAGACCCAUCAACACAGCCCCAGUAAGCUCAGCACGCCACAGCUAUUCCAGGAAGCUCUUCACUUCCAGUACCACCACUGUCAAACUUUCCAUACUGGUGCAGAUGACAGAGAGGAGUAUCAUACUAAGAUUGCACCUGAUCUGGGGAUUGCUGAUUUCGGCCUGUUGCCACGGGAACGUUACCCCCUAGUGGCUUUACUGACACUGUCUGAACCUGAAGCUAGGGACACAUACAAUAUUAUGGCCAGUGUCACCGUGCUUCACGUUCCAGAUGACAAAUACAGCCUGUCGGCACGGAUUCUGUUUCAGUAUCUCCUCACUGCCCAAGGAAACAUGUAUGAGCUAAAGCCACUCUUCAUGUCAGCUGAGAGCAGGGGGUUGUCGGGGGCGACUGACUUCACCCCGAGCAACGAGGUACCAGCAGAACCACAGGAAAGGGGAAUGGGAAAGGAGAAAGAGGAGGACAUUCCAGGAACGCAAGAUGAAGCGUGGUCGGAGGAGGGAAAAGGCCAAGACUGUGUGGUGUGUCAGAACGCGCCUGUGAACAGAGUCCUCCUACCCUGUCGGCACGCGUGCGUGUGCGACGGCUGUGUGGACCGCUUCCAGCACUGCCCCAUCUGCAGGGCUUUCGUAUUGGAGUCCUUUACCCUGUCCCGGCAGCUCCCUACAGAGGACUGCGAUGACGCAGAGGAUGAAUGAAGUGUCACCUAGCUGGCCCCGGCUGUUAUUAUUUAUAAAAUGAACGUAAUGUUACUCAUCGGGGUAGCUGUGUGAAGUAGCGACUGGAAGGGUGCCCAGACAGUCCACAUCACGAAGAAUGCUGCUCCACCAGAAACGACUGGACCAUUUCAGGGGAAUCAAAGGUGUUUAUCAUGAAAUGUUUUAUUGGAGAAGGUUCAACUGUUUUCCAGGUAUGUUAGCACAUGAGCCACAUUUUAAGUUGAGUUUGAAGUGGAAACUACUCCUUGAAGCUGUUUGUAAGUAAUGUAGGAUAUGGAAAUGUUAAAAUGUUUGUCAUUAUAAACUGGGUUGUGUUAAACCCAGAAUGCUGAUCAUCUGAAAGCCUCGAGUUCUCUGACCGUAUACCACAGGUAUUAGAAAAUAAAUGUUAACUGUACUAAUUGGGUUGGUAACCAGUUCAUAAUAGCUGAAAGGCACCGUGAGGUUUUGUGGUGUAUCUGGCCACUAUACCGUGGCUAUGGGCUAUAAACAAACAGUCCAAAAUUCCA